AUGUUUGGUAGAUCUUCCAACACAUCGUCUACCUCGACCAAGGCUCCUACACUUGAACAACAAAUCGAUAGGGCCACAGAUGAGACCUUAACUGCAGAUAACUGGCAGUACAUUUUAGAGGUUUGUGAUAAGAUCUCCCAAGAUCCCGAGACUACUACGAAGCAAGCAAUUAAAUUUGUCAGUGCUCGACUUGCAUUGAAAGAUGCUAACGUCAACUUGAGGAGUUUAUCACUUUUGGUGGCAAUAGCAGAAAACUGUGGAUCAAGGAUGAAGCAAGAAAUUGCUUCAGCUUCCUUUAUUAAUGAAUCGUUGAUGAAGAAAUUGAGUGACAGGAAGGUUCAUGUGACAGUGAAACAUAAGGUCGCUGAAUGCAUCAAACAACUUUAUGAUUCCUUCCGUGGAGACCCAUCAUUGAAACCAAUGAGUGAUGCCUAUGACAAGGUGGUUAAGAUAUUCCCCCAGUACUUGAGCGGGAGUGGAGGUGGCCGGGCUGCGCCUAGUAAGCCCGCUAAAAAAGAGAUUCUGCAGUCUGAAAAGGCUAAAGAGGAUGAAGAAUUACAGAGAGUUUUGAAAGAAUCCUUGCAGGAAUACGAGGCCGAACAAAAGGUGAAAAAUGAACCAGUCAACCGCAAUAAGCCAUUACCCGUAGUGGCCACCAACGAGAUAGAACAACAGAAGACUGGAGAGCAGACUAUAGCCACUAUUACCAAAGUACGUGCGCUAUAUGAUCUCAUUUCUUAUGAACCUGAUGAAUUAUCCUUCCGUAAAAAUGAUAUUAUCACUGUUUUGGAGUCAGUGUAUCGUGAUUGGUGGAAGGGAUCAUUACCGAAUGGAAAAGUUGGGAUCUUCCCAUUGAACUAUGUCACUCCUGUAGUUACCAAAUCUCCUCGAGAAUUGGCCAAGGAGCAACAAUUUGAACAGAAGAUACUCGCUGUUGACCUGAAAAAAGUGGAUAAACUCUUGGCAUUACUUUCUACCAAUAACCCAGAUCAAAUAAAUGAAGACGAGAUUACAAGAUUAUACAACGAGAUUGUUCCAAUUAGACCUUCUGUGGGGAAAUUCAUUGAUAAGUAUAGUAUAAGGAAAGAAGAAUUGUUUCAAUUGAAUUCCCAAUUAAACGCCGAGGCUAAACUAUACAACGAAUUAAUGGAUACUCUGAUUUCCCAAAGGGCCAACCGUCAACAGUUUAGUGGCCCAGGUGGAGCUCCUGGACUGCAGAACUUGCCACCUUAUCCCACGGGCCCAAGCGGUCCUGCAAACUUCCCACCACAGUUUUCAUCUCAACCUCAACCUCAACGUCAACAACAAAUGCAGGGUCAACCUCAAGUUCAAGCCCAAACACAAUUGCAAGGGCAGCAGCAACUUUCAUCUCAGCCGACAAGUAGUGGAUUUGGAAAUGGCAGGCUGGAGUCUGCUAAUGGUAAUGGUCAACCUGCUUUUUUCCAAGGACAAUACCAGCAAUAUCCAGUUCAGCAACAAGCUUAUCAGCAAUCUCCUGAACAACAACACCAGCAACAACAACACCAGCAGCAGCAGCAUUACCAACAACCGCAACACCAUCAACAGCAACAGCAACAGCAUAAUAUACCCAAUAGGCAAAGUACACAGAAUUUUCUGAAUAUUAACCAAUUUCCAGAUGUUCAAAAUAUAUAG